ACACCAUAAUUUAGGGGCAUCUAAUUAAACGUAAUUAAUUUCAUUGAAUUUUAUAAUCGUUUAUAAAGAAAUUAUAUAUUUUAAAGUCCAGAUUACAUUUUAUCUUAUGCAACAUAGGUUCUUUUCUUAGUAAAGGAAGUAUGAGGACAGUUAAAUGAACGACUAUAUUGCAAUAAGUACUCGUAAUUUAUUCUAAUGUAAUGCCACAUGAAGUAUUUGCAAUUUAUUAAUAUUUAUUGCCAGAUAAACGUAAUACUAAGGUUAAGAAGUAUGCAUCUAAAUAGUUACUUAUUUUUUCAUUGUAGAAAUAAUGAGAAUCUACAAUGAUUCAGCAAAAUCAACUAGAUAAUCUUAAUCUUGCACGACUGUGCACUAACAAUUUUAAAGGGUAUUGCCGAAAGAUGAUUGGACCGAUCGGACGUAUGGAUGUUUUAAUUGGAAACGCAACAUGUCGCGAUUUGCUUGAUUAGAUUAGGGAAGGUCCUCGUAUAUUUCUUUCAUAUUAGUAUUACUUAGUGACUUUUCAGCAGUUCGCAGCGAUUCUCAAGUAUAUUUUUUACACAUUAAUGCGCCAAUAAUGACGCUAAUUUCUCAAAAACAUGUUGGAAAAAAACUUCAUGGAAAGGUGAACAUAACCCUACGACAAUGAGAUGCCCUAAUUCUGAAGUCAAAUACAUCAUUUUUAUCGAGAAUAAGACUGUGCAGUGAUACAACUAAAUAAAUAUUAUCGUCCGAAUUAUUUAGUGCUUCUAGCAAUAUGGGACUAUUAUUCGCAAAAUUGUGGAGUCUUUUUGGCAAUGAAGAACAUAAAAUAGUUAUGGUAGGCUUGGAUAAUGCUGGUAAGACAACUAUAUUGUACCAGUUUCUAACAAAUGAAGUUGUUCACACAUCACCAACUAUUGGAUCUAAUGUUGAAGAAAUAAUUUGGAAAAAUAUCCAUUUCAUAAUGUGGGAUUUGGGUGGGCAGCAAAGUCUAAGAGCUGCAUGGUCCACUUACUACACUAACACCGAAUUUAUAAUUAUGGUCAUAGAUAGUACAGAUAGGGAAAGACUUGGUGUAAUCAGAGAAGAAUUAUACUCGAUGCUAAAUCAUGAAGAAUUAAGUAAAGCAAAUGUUUUAGUUUAUGCUAAUAAGCAAGAUUUAAGAGACAGCAUGACAGCUGCUGAAAUUUCUAGACAGCUGGAUUUGACAUCGAUUAAAAAACAUCAGUGGCACAUACAAAGUUGUUGUGCACUUACUGGAGAAGGGCUUUAUCCAGGUCUCGAAUGGAUUGUUGGACAUUUAAAGAAAACAUGACGUACAUUAUGAGAACUCAUUUUAAAUGUAAUAAGAUAUCUAAAAUGUAAAGUAUAUGUUCAUUGUAAGUUACUGUGCCACUUUAACGAUUGUACAAAUGAAAUGAGAAUGAAUGAUCAUUUUUCAAAUGGUACACUAGCUUCAUGCAUAACUUAAAGUGUAACUGCAUAUGUUGAUUACAAUUUUUGCUGCAGACACUUAACGUAUCAAAUGGUGGACGGGUAAAUUUUGUCUUAUCUAUUAAUGUGAUAUGAAAAUAUAAUGGGAAAUGAUUGUAUCUAUAAUAUAAGAGUAAAAUAAUGUUUUAACUAUUAUUUAUGUAAAAGAUAUAUAAAGAAAUCGUAUUGUAAAAGAAAUGGAAAAGAUUUAGAAUGGCAGGAGUCCUUUAUGGAGGGUAUUGUAUUAAGAGGAGUAUGUAUAGAGAAUACUUUUUUUUAAUCUGUGUGUAGAAAGAUGUGUAUUUGAACAUUCUAUAGCAGAGAUGCUAAAUUGAAUACAUUACCUACAAGUUUAUUAUAUUUUGCUACUUUUAUCUAUAAAUGCUGCAUUUAAAUCAAAUAUUAUUAUUGAUUUAAUAACAAAUUUUAAUGAAAAUUCUGCAUGCUGUGUGAAAAAUAUAAAGUUUAAUCUUGAUCCCGUCCACCUAUGUUUAUAGUAAAAGAAGACUAGAUAAUUUAUUCAUUCUAUUUGAUUGAUAUGCGGACAGAAAUUGUUUGGCCUGUGCGACUUCCAAAACUAUACCUAUGUACAUAGUUUUUUAUACUCCGCAUUAAUAGUAAACAAUUGUAAAAAGUAAAAUCCGAUUUAGCACCAAUUAAACCACAUAUUUUUCAAAUUUCUGUGUGAGAGUUUCAACAUUUUUUUUAGUGCUUGAUACAGCAAACAUCUUGUAAAAUUUCAUGGCUAGGUUAUUCAACCAAUCUAACUAAACAUUUAAAAGCAGACUAUUAACUACUCUGUGAUAUGUGGAUUCAACAGUGAGACGGUUGUUUGUUGGGAACAUUGACUCUGUGUUCUGUAGAAGAAUGGUAACUAUGUAUUAAAAAGUGUACUUCACAUACGUACAUAAGAGAUUAUUUUGUUGAAAAAGAAAACUGAUCGUCUCAUUGUAAAUAUUAUGAAUCGUUUUAAUGCUUCAAUCCAUGAGUAUCCAAUUAACAGCUGUCUCAUUUAUUUUAUUUACUUCAUAAUUAGAAUGACUAACUUUUGUGUAGCUAGAAAUACUCCAAUAUUUAAUAUCUAUUAAAAUUUAAAAUAUUAAUAGCAUAUGCAAAAAUCAUUAUAGAAAUUGUUAAGAUCAUUGUAUGAAAGAUAAAUGCCGUCUAAAGCCAGAGUGAGAUAAUACAUUUAAAGUUUCAUAAAAACAAACAGUAGUUUUCUCAUAUUGAGAAACAAAGCAAUGAAUUGUCUUGUAUAUGAUAUAAUACUGCAAAUUAUACUUAAUACUAUUAUAUAUUCUCAUUAAUAGUUUUUGUUAUAUAAUAAUUCAAAAAUAUGCAGUACAAGUUACAGGUUGUUUUAUUUCAUCAGAGUUGUACACAAGUCACAUGAGUCUGAUAUGCUUGUGCACAUUUAAAUUUCACAAAUGGCUCAAAUUUAAUUCUAAUUAAAAGAUGCAGAAAAAUGUUUACUUCUAAUUAUUCUGUCAUUGUUAAUGAAUUUAUGUAAUAGAAAUUGAAUAAUUGCGUACAAGGUUGUUAUUUAACUAAGGACUGAAAUUAAUGUAAAAUAAAUUUACCAAAUUUUCUUUUGCAGGAAAUAGGCAAAGAAUCAUGUAUUGUAAUUUCUUUAAUACACAGUUUCCUAUUUUCUUUAAUUAUUUUUUUGUUUCUAAUCAUCUUAUAUUGUUAAAUCUUGUUGACGACGAACGCGGUGUAAUAACAUUGAACUAUGAUAAAGAUUAUGUACAUGCUCCAUUAGCUAGUUACUUCAUAUAAAAGACUCGAGAAAUUUUUCAAUUUUUGUAAUGAAAUCUUUUAAAUUAUAAUAAAUAUAUUUUAUCGUAUUUUGUUUUUUUCUUCAAUAUUAACAUAAUAAGUACUUGCUAAAAAAUUUUUAUUCAUUCUUUUAAAAAAGUACUUAUAUGAAAAAAAACAAUGCACUAAGUCAUGGAAAAAAGGAAUAGAUAAGUAUAAUUUUCAAUGAUCUAUUUAUUUUUACGUUCGUUAUAAAUGAAGUAUCGCACACACUCACUCAUUCUUUUAACAAUGGAUCUACCACUGGUCAUAUUUUUUAAUUUACAUAAAUUGUAAUGACUCUGCAAUUGGGCCAUAGUUUUCUUUUAGCAUAUUCGCAGAAUUUAAAACCAAUAACUGGUGCGCUAACACUUGCAAUAUUGUUUACAUAUUUCAUUAGCCCUAUACAUUUUAUUUUCUAUUUUACGUAGUUUACUAAGAGCAGUUGCGUUUCGCGAAUAUUCUGCUGGAGAAAUUGAUUUAAUUCACGCAAUGUCUUUUUACUACAAUAGUAGAAGUAAAGAUGUUUAUUGCGAUUCAAUUGUAUUCUAAAAAUUUUGAUACUUUUUGGCAGUGUCUGUUUAAUUUUAAGACAUUGUCUAUCUAAUGUUGACUACGCACACAGCUAACCUUUUUGCCGAAUAUUUCAGUGAAUUAACUAGUUUUUAUUACAACGAUUAUUAUUAUUUUUUUACUUCUAAAAUUGUCACUAUUUAAGUUAAA